AUGGCUGAUUCUAGCGCGACAACGUCACAAAAUAACGGCAUCGGAAAUAUCCCCAGAAAGCCCUUGCGCCAGGACCCUUCCUCCUCCACAGAACCUUCGUCGACUUUGACUCCGUCCAUUGAAGUAAACCAAGGCGAGGGUGAUAAAAGCCCGGCAAUCUCUCCGACAUACGGAAGCAAUGUGGUUGAUCAGCCUAUACAAGAGAUCCUAGGAAUUGCCGAGGAUGAAGAAUCGCGGCCACCAUUGCCGGGAACGUUGACACCCACGGCGGCUCGUAACGUGCAGUUCUCGCAAAACACGUCUGACAACGACAUCCCCGAACAAGACCGCUCGCGCUCGUCUUCAUUUGCACCCGAUGAAAACGAUGUCUUGUCCAAGGACCGGAAACAGUCUCUCUUGACCAAGCUCAAGGCGUUUGCUGUCACGCCGUCUUUCCCGUCGCACUCCCGCUCUGCGAGUGUGGCUACCGCUUCUGGAGAGACUCGCCCGCCAAACGAUUUACAAACCCCAGGCUCGGAGCGCGAGGAAUUCCGGUUCCCAGCUCCGUUGGAGGAGGAGAGUGAAGGAGACGCCGAUGGCGAGGAAAGCGGCGGCGAACAGCGACUGCGAUUGCGACGAAGGAAGAAGAACAAGCGACCACACAGGGCCAAUACAGACUCCCCAGGCCCGCAAACCGCGCCAACAACCCCCAAAGUAGCAAAUGCCCAUCCCGGCCUGUUCUCGUUCAACUCGUUCCACCACCAGCCCGACCAGCAGCAAAGACCGAGCAUAUUCCCGCGCAGAGCUACUGCCGAUUUCUCUCCGCAGCUUCGCGAUGGUGUCUCGGAAGAUGAAGGUCGGGAUCGGUUGAAUAUGGACUCAAACUGGAGAAAACGAAGCAAUGCGUGGAUGUCCACUGCUCGUGGGCUGACCUACGGAGGACGCCAAGAUACUCAAAAUAGUAACAACAAUGACGAGAGAAGACCUAGCAACUUCCGGCGACUGACUGCCUUUGGCAGCCCGGCUGGAGAGCAGGAAGGUUUCAGAGAGGUGUGGAGGCGGCAUAAAGCCGAAAGAGGCUCGAGUUUAAGCGCCCAGAAAUGGCGCCAGAUCAAGGCAGGACUGAAACUGAUCGGUCAGAGGCGUAAGGGAGAAAAUACUGUCGACCACGUCAAAUCUGCAGAGCUUCUUGCCGAACUUACAUCCGGCACCCCUGCUGCUCUGAUCCUUGCCAGCAUGUUCCAGCGUGAUGAACAUGGGAGCAGGCGUAUUCCUAUUUUACUUGAACAGCUCAAGGUCCAGAUUACCGACAGCCGAAUCGACUCAAACCAUGGAGAUCGUCAUUUAGUUUUUCGAAUCGAACUGGAAUACGGAAGCGGAAUGACUCGCAUGAAAUGGAUAGUUCACCGCACACUGAGAGACUUUGCCAAUUUACAUUUGAAAUACAAACUCCAGAUCGGUACUCAAAAGUACAUACAACUGAAGACCGCCGAUGCUGGCCAGGGUCUGCCUCGUUUCCCUAGAAGUGCGUUCCCUUACCUACGAGGCGUUCGUGGGCUCGACAGUGAACGUGAAGAGGAAGAGGACGACGGCGGUGGCUAUGAAACUGGUGCUGAAGCUAGUGGGACCGAGGCUCGUCGUAAAACGAAGAAGCGACGCUCGUCCUUUGCGGUGGCACGUCGUCGAUCUAGUAUUGCACAGGAGGGCGAUGCGACUGCUGGAGAAGGCGGCGCAACAGCUACCGGCGAAAGGAGGUCCUAUACCGAACGGCAGCGGAAGAAACUUGAAAGCUAUUUGCAGAAGAUGAUUCGGUUCCUAAUUUUCCGACCUAACAGUAAUCGGCUUUGCAAGUUUCUCGAGCUGUCUGCACUGGGAGUUCGACUGGCUGCUGAAGGAAGCUAUCACGGAAAGGAAGGGUUUUUGGUUAUACAGUCAGCAAAGGGCUUGGAUUUCCGCAAAGCUCUCACACCUUCUAUGGUCAAGAAAAGGCAUUCGCCCAAAUGGUUCCUUGUGCGCCACAGCUACGUCGUCUGUGUCGACUCUCCGGAAGAGAUGAAUAUAUACGACGUCUUUCUCGUCGAUUCCUUCUUCAAGAUUCAGUCGCAGAAGCCUAGACUCAGAGAUCAAAACGCCAAAGACAUUGCUCGGUCCGCUAAAGAGUCGGCUGCCCAUCCUCAGCAUCACACACUAAGACUUGAAAACUCGGAGCGGAAAUUGCGACUACUAGCACGCAAUGAAAGACAGUUGCAUCAGUUUGAGGACUCAAUCCGGUUCAUGGUUGAUAACACACCAUGGUCGAAGCCGAAUCGGUUCGAUAGCUUUGCCCCCGUACGAAAAGGCUGUUUUGCCCAGUGGCUCGUGGACGGACGUGAUCACAUGUGGCUUGUAUCGCGGGCGAUCAACCAGGCAAAGGACGUCAUCUAUAUCCACGAUUGGUGGUUGAGUCCGGAACUUUAUAUGCGGCGGCCAGCUGCCAUCAGCCAGAAAUGGAGGUUGGACCGGCUACUUCAGAGGAAGGCUAAUGAAGGGGUCAAGGUUUUCGUGAUUAUGUAUCGCAACAUCAACUCGGCCAUCCCCAUUGAUUCCGAAUACUCAAAGUUCUCGCUACUUGAUCUCCACCCCAAUGUCUUUGUGCAACGAUCACCCAAUCAAUUCCGACAGAACACAUUCUUCUGGGCUCAUCAUGAGAAACUCUGCAUUAUCGACCAUACGCUCGCAUUCGUGGGAGGAAUUGAUCUGUGUUUUGGUCGUUGGGACACCCCUCAGCAUCUCCUCACUGACGACAAACCCACGGGCUUUGAAACAUCGGAGGCACCAAAAGAUGCCGACCACUGCCAGCUCUGGCCAGGCAAGGAUUACUCUAACCCCCGUGUUCAAGACUUUUACGACUUGGAUAAACCUUAUGAGGAGAUGUACGACCGCAACGUCAUUCCAAGAAUGCCGUGGCAUGACAUUUCCAUGCACGUAGUGGGCCAGCCGGCCCGUGAUCUCACGCGACACUUUGUGCAAAGAUGGAACUAUAUUCUCCGCCAACGCAAGCCAACGCGGCCAACACCAUUUCUGCUUCCGCCACCAGACUUUAACCCCGCUGAUUUGGAGGCCCUUGGCCUCAAUGGCACCUGUGAAGUCCAGAUACUUCGUUCAAGUAGCACAUGGUCUACGGGAACUCCCGAUGUGACAGAACACAGCAUCAUGAAUGCAUACGUCAAGCUGAUUGAACAGUCUGAGCAUUUUGUAUACAUUGAGAACCAGUUCUUCAUCAGUACCUGCGAGAUUGAGGGCAAAAAGGUCGAGAACUUAAUCGGAGAUGCUUUGGUUGAAAGAAUCAUCCGAGCAGCGCGAAAUGGUGAAACAUGGCGUGCGGUGAUCAUUAUCCCUCUCAUGCCGGGUUUCCAGAACACGGUUGAUUCCGAAGGUGGCACAAGUGUUCGUCUGAUCAUGCAGUGCCAAUACCGUAGCAUCUGUCGCGGUGAGACUUCUAUAUUUGGACGGCUCAGAGCUGAAGGCAUCGAGCCUGAGGACUACAUUCAAUUCUUCAGCUUACGAACAUGGGGCAAGAUUGGCCCCAACAAGCAGCUGGUAACGGAACAGCUUUACAUACAUGCAAAAUGCAUGGUGGUGGAUGACCGAGCAGCCAUUAUAGGAUCUGCAAAUAUCAACGAGCGGUCCAUGCUGGGCUCACGCGACUCGGAAUGCGCGGCGGUGGUUAGGGACACGGAUAUGAUCUGGUCUACAAUGGAUCAAAAACCGUACCUCGUCGGGCGAUUCCCACACACCCUGCGGAUGCGGCUGAUGCGAGAGCACCUGGGUAUCGAUGUGGACGAGCUGCUCGAACGCGACUUGGCAACAGAAGCGGCGUCAAAUGGCCGGGAUAGCGAGGACUGCGCAUCGGAUGGCAAUGAAAGUGACCGAGUCGAGACGGAGUCUCUGGAGCGGGAAAAACAGGACGAGCGGGAGAUGAUUGAACGGCGACACCGAAUUCAAGACGAAUUCCUGACACGCUCAGAAGAUAUGCACAGCUUUAACCACGAUGUCGACUGGGAACAGGGCAACAACCCCAACCUGAAAUCUAGCCGCAAACUGACGGCAGACCCAAGAGUUACGGAGAAUACUGAGCACCGAAAGGAUGUUAACGGUAACGGGACUGAUCAAAUGAACACCAGCCUCGAAGCAGGCGUUGGUUUUGGCCGCGAUUCGGAGCUUGUCGCCAAUGACACCGAGGUGCUUGUAAAAGACAUUGCCUCGGAGGGCAGGGGAACUCUAGCCAAGCCAAAUAAGAGUCAGAAGAGUGUCCCAACCCAGGAGCCAUCUUUGCCUCUACCACCCUCUAGCAAUGUUGAAACUAACAGUGCUGGCUUGGAGAGUUUCCCGUCCCAGCUACCACCGCUGCCGCAGACAAACGACGUUGACAUUUGUGCUCCCGUAUUGCCAACUCGCGAACCAACUGGUUCAUCUGAGUUCUCUCAUCCUCUUGCAGCCGGGAUCAAACAGCCAUUUGUGGAUGAACACUGCAUGAGGGAUCCAAUCAACGAUGUGUUCUACUACGAUGUCUGGCAGACGAUUGCCGAGAACAACACCAAGAUCUACCGCACGGUGUUCCGUUGCAUGCCUGACAGCGAGGUGACAUCGUGGAAAGAAUACAAAGAGUACAUGUCUUAUGGCGAAAAGUUUGCAGAGGCGCAAAGCAACAAGCCGCCGCCGAAAUCCCAGGGUAGCGCUCAGGAUCCCGAGAAAUCAACGGCGGCUGAGGCUCCCAAACCAGAGACAGAUGGAAGCUCAGAGUCUCGUACUGAUGCACAGAAGCAAAGUAACGAGGCGUCAGAAACAUCGACAGCGGACGACGAAAAGGCAGCAUUGAAGGAAUCGACCGACAGGCCCACGGGAGUGGCUGAUGCUGCUGCAACUACAGAAGCCGAAAGCAAAGAUCCGACAGAACCGCAAACCGUUGGGUAUUCGGCCGCUCUCAACAUGAAUGUUUCGCAGUCCUCUCAGCCCGCUCAGCGCCGGCGCCGGCGAACGAUGACCAAAGGCUCGCGAGCUGGAUUCCAUCCUUCGGACGGUGUUCUUGAUUCGCGACAUGCAGAGGAGCUUCUCGAAAUGGUGCAAGGUCAUUUGAUUGGCUGGCCUUAUGACUGGCUUGAAAAGGAAGAACAGGGAGGUAAUUGGCUCUAUACGCUUGAUCAGAUUUCGCCAAUUGAAAUAUAUAAUUGA